AUGUACACAAAACAUGCGUUGGUUAUUGGUAAUGAGGCUUACAGAAAAUCGCCUUUAACUUCAUGUAUUAAUGAUGCAAAUGAUGUGUCUAAUAUGUUAACUGCAAUGGGAUUUCAAUCAAACCCUGCAGCAAAUGUAACAUCCAAUGAGAUGAAAUUACUCUCUCGGGAAUUUAUUCAAACUAUUCAACCAGGAUCUGUUGUUAUACUCUAUUUCUCUGGUCAUGGCAUACAAUAUAAUGGUAUUAACUAUUUGCUUGGAAUAAACGAUGAUAACGUUGUUCUUGAUCGACUCGAUUCCUCGGCUCUUAACGUUCAGGAUAUAAUCAAUAGCAUACAUACAAAAAGUCCCAGACUAGUAUUAGUUAUUCUAGAUGCUUGUCGUGGUUAUGAAGUUAGCGAUCCAACGCAAGAUGGAAGUCGUUUUUACCGUAGAGGAUUAUAUGGUUUUAGAGAUGGACUUGCACCAAUGCGAGCACCACCAGCAACUAUAAUUGUUUUUGCGUGUGCUGAAGACGAAUUUUCAAGUAGUGUGUCAAUGAAUGAUCGAAAUAGUCUCUACACUUUUCAUCUGCUUCGUCAUCUUUGUACAGCAAAUACUGACAUUGAUCAGGUAUUGAAAAAUGUUGCAGCAGAUGUUCAAAGAGAUCCUAUGAAUUUUUUACGUCAAGUACCAUUUCGAUACAGUAGCUUAAAUGAACCAAUAUGUCUCGUAGGUUAUGGUGGAAUGAAUUCUCCAAUGACACCUAUGCUUGGUUAUCAAGGAGGAUAUGGUUAUCAACAAUAUCAACAGCCAUAUGGGAAGGCACGCCAUGUUGGUCGGUAUUUUCCUCCAAUGUUCACCGCUCACGAUAACUUCUUCGCAUCACGUCAUCAUCAAAUGAGCAAGAGAAGAGCGCUGUUCGAUAAAAGUAUUGAUCCUGCAAGAUAUGAUUUUCCAAAUUUUCAACCAUUCUAUUAUUACUGA